GGAAGACCAUGCAGUUGAUCCGGAUUAUGAGGUGUGAGGUGCAGUGAUUCAGCCCCUUUAAGGUAGCGAAGGGGCAUGGCGGGUUGUCCACGCCUGGGCUUACCGGGGCUGCUUCUGCUCCAAAUCACUGCAUCCAUAACACAUGGCCAAAACUGCCCACAGCGCUGUGACUGUAUCCCUCAGCAGAGAACUGUGUUGUGUCAGAACAAGAACCUGAAUUCUAUUCCUGGGGGCAUCCCGACUGACACACGGACACUGGACCUGAGCGGCAACAGUUUACGCUAUGUGGAAUACAAUGACCUGGCAACCUUCUCAAGACUGGAAGAGCUAAACCUGAGCAAGAACCUCGUCAGUGUGCUGGAACCCAAUGCCUUUUCCAGCUUACUCAAACUCAGAGUGUUGAGUCUACAAGCCAACCAGCUUAAACUCGUGCCUAUGGGUGCCUUUUCUCGUCUCACAAACCUCACCACUCUGGACUUGAGUGGGAAUAAACUGGUCAUCCUGUUAGACUUUACCUUCCAGGACUUGCGGAACCUCCGCAAUUUGGAGGUUGGUGAUAAUGACCUGGUGUACAUUUCAAACAAGGCGUUCCUGGGUUUGGUGGGCCUUCAAGAACUUACCAUUGAAAGGUGCAAUCUGACUUCUAUAUCAAGACAGUCUCUUUCUUACCUUCGUGGCUUAGUGACUCUUCGAUUACGCUACCUCAGUAUUGCUUCGUUGGAAGAGCAGAACUUUCAAAAACUUGGUGGGCUCCGAGGUCUUGAGAUUGACCAUUGGCCCUUCCUUAAAUACAUCUCUCCACAUAGCUUCCAGGGUCUCAACCUUUCUUGGCUCUCGAUUACCAACACCAACAUUUCCACUGUGCCUACAGGUGCUCUUCGUAACCUUGUUCACUUGGCCAUCCUCAACCUUUCUUACAACCCCAUCUCUGUUCUAGAGUCCUGGGCUUUGCGGGAACUUGUCCGCUUGAAGGAAUUGCACCUAGUUGGUACAACCCUGAUAUCAGUACAGCCCUAUGGUCUUGGAGGUCUGCAGCAGAUACGAUUGCUCAACUUGUCAAACAAUGGAUUAGUAGCUCUAGAAGAGGGCUCUUUCCACUCAAUUAACACACUGGAGACAUUACGAGUAGAUGGUAACCCUUUGUCUUGCGACUGCCGACUUCUGUGGAUACUGCAACGCCGCAAGACCCUCAACUUCGAUGGAAAGUCACCCGUUUGCAGCACACCUGUGGAAGUACGAGGGAAAGCUCUCAGUACCUUUUCAGACUCAGCACUUUUUGACCAUUUUACGUGUCAGCGGCCGAAAAUCCGCAACCGCAAAUUACAACAGCUAACAGCACGUGAAGGCCAAGUAGUGUCAUUUAUAUGUAAAGCAUAUGGAGACCCGACUCCAGUUAUCUUUUGGAUUUCACCUCAGAGGCGUCGUAUCACCACCAAGAGCACCGGCCGUGUCGUUGUUCUGCCUGAAGGUACACUAGAGAUACGUUAUGCACAGGUGACAGACAGUGGUACCUACAUAUGCAUAGCAAGCAAUGCUGGUGGAAAUGAUACCUACUUCGCCACACUAACAGUGAGUGGAUUGCCACUAGAUGGUGCUUUGGCGACAAAUCGCACCUACUAUGUGAGCGAUCUCAAUGACACAAACAUAAAUGACACCCGUGUCUUCCUAAAAUUCACACUGGACCUCAAAACCAUCCUGGUGUCCACAGCAAUGGGUUGCAUCACUUUUUUGGGUGUGGUGCUUUUUUGUUUUAUUCUUUUGUUUGUGUGGAGCCGAGGACGAGGUCAGCACAAGAACAAUUUCUCAGUAGAGUAUUCUUUCAGAAAGGUUGAUGGCCCUGCUGCCAGUGGUGGGCAAGGGGGUGCUCGAAAGUUUAACAUGAAGAUGAUAUAAAUGGGAUGUAUGGACACGCCAACAAGUUCAAUAGAUAAAGCACAUUUUUCUUAUUUCAGACUGAAAUACAUUCUUCAGACCUGCAUCCUGCUACGGUUCACUCUUUUUUAAAUUUUGAGAUGCAGAGGAAUUUAAUGAGCUCAAUGAAUAAUGCAGUUACUGAGAGGUACCUUCAGUCAGCUUAAUAUUAAAGUUUAUAUUUGGUGGCUUGUGGAAUUUUACUCAAUAGUUAAGAUUUCAGACUGCCGUAUGGGGCAGGCUGGCAUAUGGUACCUACAGUAUUUUAAAAUUGUCAUGAUUGUACAGCAGGAAGACUAAGCUUGAAAUGAUGUGUAAUAACAAUUUAAAGUUUUAACAGAAAAUGUCUGCGUCCUGAAAAGAAGAAAGCUUGAAUUAAUUCUUCUAUAUUUUGGGGGUUAUUGCUGGAAAAUGCCAUAAUGAUUUAUAAUAUAAUUAUCAAGGGGUGCUUUCUGCUUGCCAAGUAAGUGCCAAAUGUCCUCCAAACUUAACACAUCAUUGUCCCAAUCUUAUUGCUAACAUAAAUGUGUAGGAAUUUUUUACUUUUCAAACAAAGCCAAUUCAAACUUGUAUGCCCAUGAGUUUGUAGGUGAUAAAACCCACAGUUCACACUGCCAAUCUUAAAAUACAAGGAUUUGUGGCAGACACACCUCUUGUUCAUCAGAAAGGACAUAUAUAUAUAUCUCUCUCUCUGGCAUCUUUGGCACUUCCUCCUCUCUCUCUCUCUCCCGCUGACUGGGGCAACUCAGUGCCUGGCGUGCAUCCUCACAGCCCGGCCACGCCCCCCUCCUCGUCACAUACCCUUAAAUUCCGAUUCAGGCCAGGGAACCAACUGGCCUGAGGAGAUGCCCCUUUGGCCGUUCUGCCACCGGCUGGUCUUCGCCACCUCCUGGGAACCUGAGUAGGACGAGGGGAGGGAGAGGGGAGAGAGAAAGAAAAAAAACACUCCAGUUCCCGACCAUGGCGACAUUUGGUCCUGAGCCAGCGGUGCGAUGAUCCUCCGUGACGGCGGGUGAUGGCACUGUACUUUGCUUCCUGGUGGACGUCAGCAGCUCCUCCGCCUCCUGGCCGACCGCAUAACCAACUACUUUUCAGCAUGACCAAAACAUUCGUUGACACACACAUCUCCGGCUCCUCCUUAUUUCUUUCUCCCGCUGAUUGGGGCAACUCAGCGCCAGGUGUGUAUCCUUACGGCCCACCCACGCCCUCCUCCCUGUCACAGUUUUUUUUUUAUAAGCCCCAGAUUUUAACCGGUCAACCACUAGACAGAGAACAUGAGUUACAAGACUGUUCAAGAAAUGUGAGUUGACUUAGUUCUCAUUUCAAUGGUUCAUGAUAAUUACACCAGGUAUAGAGUGCUUCUGUAUUACACUGCCACCUACUUCUGCAUCAUGCCCACUUAUCAUUAAACAUGAACAUGUCGACUUCAGAUAGAGACAACAGAUAAACCACAUGUCUUUAUAGCAUUAUAGAUUUACAAUUCAGAGGAAAUGUUUAUAAACAAAAUACCAAUAUUAGCAUCAGUAUCCAGAAUAUGUCAAAACAUUGUAUAAAUAUGCGAUAUAUGUAUCUUGUAUAUAUUGUUUUGUGUGUAUAUUUUGGUUCUCUGUCUUCAUCAAUGUUAAACAAUGUGAAUAACUGAUCACGUUAAUUAAAUAUAAGCAACGAUAAUAUGCAAAAACUAUAUAUAACUCUUAUAAAAAACAAAAAACAAAUGUUGAGCAUUUAAUUACUGGUGAUCAUACUGUAUGACUUUAUGCCUCUACUGUGAAAAAUGUGUUAGACUGUUCUGAAUCAAACAGAUACAAAUGGGAACCAUCAUUUCAUACUAUUGUUUAAUUUGCAUGAGGUUAAAUGUUGGGGGCCCUAUGGGAAAACUGGGAAACAAAUUACAAUGAAAGAAACAUUCUGAAUUCUCCUUCUCUAUUUGAAAAAAGUGCUUGCAGUCUGGGACAGGAAGGCACUUGAUAAAGCUAUUCUGCUGCCCCCUACUGUUUUAAAUAUGACAGCUUAAAGAAAACAGGGUAUUAUUAUUCUCGGCUAUAGAAGCCAAUAUUGCCUUCUACCUGUCAGUCUGUGUAAAACACAAAUCUUAUAUUAACUAUAAUUAUUAUACUAUUAUUAAUAUAUAUGUAAAUAAUUAUUAAAUUUUGAAUAGAAUUGUAUGGUCUUCUUUUAAGCAGCAUUAUAAUUAUUGCAAACUGCCAUAAUUGUCAAUAACCUAAACUAUUUAAAGAAGCUUUUUGAUAUUUUUGUAAAAAUGUCAUUUUAUUUAAUAUAAAUUAAA